AUGUCGACUCGCAUGGUCCGUCGUUUACUGGAGCAGCAGCAGCGAGAAGCGGAAAGCUUGAAGCUGAAGGCGGCUUCCGGCGCUGCUGUUGGUGAUGCUGCUGGGGGCGCGGGUGGGGUAUCUGCGGCGUUCCCUGCGCUCCCUGUGCGUGUGUUUCGCUACGUGCGGUCGGCCACGUACCGGGCUGCGCAGCACCUGUUUGAGCAGACGGUGGCGUCGCACGACCCCAACCAGCUCUCCUUGUUUGUGGCGCACCACCCCUACCACGUGGAGGGGUUGCUGGCGCUCUCUGAAGUGUACAAACAGGUGGGCGAGGUGCAGACGUCAGCAGACCUCCUGGAACGAGCGCUCUUCCUACUAGAGGCAGCGUGGCAUCCCUGGUUCAACCCCUCGCUGGGGACUUGCCGCUUGGAGUUCUCACACGAGCCCAACCGAGCCCUCUUCGACGCUCUGUUUCGUCACAUGCACCAUGUGGCUGGAAGGAACCGUACCGCCGCCGCCUCUGCUGCUGCUGCUCCUGACGCCGCGUCUCUCCUACGCGAUGCCCUCUUCCUGCACCCCUACGUCCUCAAGGGUCUGGUGGAGAAGGCUCCAAUUAAGACUGACUCGUCGUGGGCCCACAUUCUCAAGCACCCACUGUUCUCAAAGACGACACCUGGCAGCGCGUCAUUGGAGCAUCUGGUGCGGCUGUACGUGGAGCGCAGUGCCAUGCUGUGGCGGGGGGAGGCUGUUCAAACUCUCCUAAAGCGCGUGGCGGGGGAGGUGGUGGCGACGGUGGAAAGGGAGAGGAGGGAGGGCGGUGGGGACGGGGAGAUGGAGAGUUGGAAGUGCGUCCGGGAGGUGUCGUUUCCGUCAUCGAGAGUGAACGAAUACCGCCACCUGCUGCUAUCCGACUUCUCCGACGCUGCCCCGACUCUCCCGCCCGAGGAGCUCAUGGCCAUGCAACAAGACCAAGCCGGCCGGCAGGAGCUCAUGGCCAUGCAACAAGACCAAGCCGCCCGGCAGCACCGCCUGGGAGCCCACGGCCUCGGCUUCCUGAUUGAGGCGAUGCUGCCGUGGAAUGACUUUGGGGGAGCUGGGGGUGCGGGGGGGAUGGGGGCAGGGGUGGGGAUGAAUGGGGAGGCACAGCAGGCUGCUCUGGCUGCUGCUGCUGCUGCUGCUGCUGCUGCUGCUGCGGAUGCUGAGGAGGAGGAUGAGGAUGUUCAUUUUUCCAACAGCAUGGCGGACCGCCUGAACAGCAUGUCCGUCGGCGACAGCGUCCAGCUGGCGUGCCGUGAUUCGCUGCUGCCGUUCCUGCAGCAGGAGGCGCGCGCAGCCGGCGGAGGGGGAAGCGCCGGGGACGGGGGAGGCGGAGCGGGGUCGGAAGGGGGAGAGCUGAAGCUUCUGGAAGUUGACGAGUCGAUGCUGGCGGAGCUGCUGCGCGACGGGCUGGUUAUAAAGGGUACACCGGAGGAGGGGGACGAGGCGGUUCUCUGCACUCGCAGCAGCACCUUCGCUCUCAAGCUGGUUACCACCACCAACCUGCUGCUCCUCGUCCCUCCACAGCUGGUUCGGCACUGUCUGAAGGUGUUUGGCAAGAGGCGGAGGAAGGGGAGGAGAGAGGAGUGGGAGGAGGCGAGGAGCGUCAGAGUGGGGAAGAUUAGGGAAGAUGGGGAUGAUGGAGGGGUGGAGAGCGAGCGUGGCGGAGGAGAUGGAGGAAAGGGAGAGAAGGACGCAGGAGGGGAAGGGGGGGAGUGUGUGUGGUGGGAGUUGGAUGAGAGGAAGGUGUGUCGCCACUAUGCCAGGCAGCUGCUCGAAUCAGGCACUCGCUGGCGCCUCUCUGUUUUCAUGGAGGCAUGGGCAAACAAGGUCCCACCCACCAUGGCCCAAUCCCUGGACGCCACGUGGCUGAGAGGCCUGGCAAUCCUGCAGCACAGCACGUGGGUGCGGUAUCUGCCGAGUGACCAGCUGCCAGCCACGGCAGAGCAUCGCUUCCAGGCGCUGUUCAGCGUGCAGCCCAUGUGGGCAGUAACAGAGCUGGAGCCCUACCUUAUUGACCUACAGGGCCCGGGCCAGUCAGUGGAGACUCUUCUGAUGCGAUUCACUCGCAAGGUACAGGAGGGGGCGGAUAAACCUGAACUGUACUGCGCUCGAUAA